GUUGUGAUCGAAGUAUUGUAGCUCGUCACACGAGUGUCUGAUAGCACUUUGACGGGAGAGCACUGUCCAAAAAACGACGGUAGUGUCAUGAAGCUCUCAAAAGUAUCAACGUUCGUGGUGCUCGCGGCGCUGGCGAUGGCGCGUGAGGCGCUCAGCCAAACGACGCCCGAGGCUGACGCCGAUCAGGUCACGGCGCUGCCAGGGCUGGACGCGUCUGCUACGUACAAGCAGUACAGCGGUUAUCUGGACGGUGGUGACGGCAACAUGUUGCAUUACUGGUUCAUCGAGUCGCAGAACAACCCCGCGACAGACCCGCUGCUGUUGUGGCUGAACGGCGGCCCCGGUUGUUCUUCUAUGGACGGUCUCUUCAACGAGCUCGGGCCUUUCAAAAUCAACGCCGACGCGGCUACGCUCACCCCAAACCCCUUCACUUGGAACACGUUCGCCAAUGUGAUCUACUUGGAAUCUCCUGCUUGCGUUGGCUAUUCCUAUAACGUGCCCAGGAAUUGCACAGCUUCGGACGAUUCUACUUCAUUGCAGAACUACAACGCUCUACUGCAAUUCUUUGAACGGUUUCCGGCGUACAAAUCGAGCGCGUUCUUCAUUACCGGUGAGAGUUACGGGGGCAUCUACAUACCCACCUUGUCUGUGCGCAUUGUUGAGAACAAUGUCACCAACCCCAUCAACUUACAAGGCUUUGCGAUUGGUAACGGACUCCUACCAGGUUACGCCGUCAACUUCAACAGUCUAAUGUUCUACGCCAACUACCACGGACUUGUAGGGAAAGAAACUUGGGACGCAGCGGUAGCGGAGUGCUGCGUGGACGCCGUGCCCAGUCAGGACGCCUGCAACUUUCACUCCAACCACAGCGCGCAGUGCGAGCUGCUGGCGGACAAGAUAUAUUUGACGGUGUUCAACGGCAAGUUGAACCCCUACAGUCUUUACUCGGAUUGCCAAGUGGUCGGUAGCACAGAAGGUUCAGCGUUGAAUCGCAUGAAUGUUGCAAGGAGGAAUCCCUUCCGGAACCAUGGUCGUUCGAGUUACAAGGCGAUGGCUGACGCUACAUGCGUUUAUAUUGACGACACCGUCAUUGAAACCUACAUGAACAAGCCUGAAGUGAGGGACGCUCUACACAUCCCAGCCUCCGUGGACCAAGUCUGGGUAGUCUGCAAUAGCGAGGUGGGCAGGAAUUUCAUCGAACACUACGAAGACAUGAAGGCGCAGUUCCUGCAGUUGUCUGCCGCUGGUGUUCGUGGUCUCGUCUACAAUGGAGACUGCGACAUGGUCUGCAAUUUCAUUGGGGACCAGUGGUUCGUCGACGGUUUAGGAUACCAGGUACUCGAAGACCACCGUGAGUGGUACUCGGGUCCACAAGUGGGCGGGUUCGUGAAGCGGUUCGAGUUGCUAGACUACCUGACGGUUCGCGGCGCGGGCCACAUGGUUCCUGAGGACAAACCCACCGUCGCGCUGGACAUGAUCCGCGCCUUCGUCUUCAACACCAACUACCCGGCAUCUCGUUGACGUACUAAAUCAAUGAAGGGCGCCAGUAAAUCAUCUUAAAAAUUAAA